AUGUUAAUUGAAAAAGUUUCUAUUUGGUCACCAUUGCCUUCAACAACUCGAGCAAGUCCGGUUCAUCUUUCAAGUCAUCCUGAUGGAACGAAGAUUGCUUAUGCAUCAAAUAAGUCUAUUUAUUUAAGAAGUAUUGAUAAUCCGGUUGAUACUGUUCAAUAUCGAGGGCAUCUAGCGCAAACAACAGUUGCAAAAUUUAGUCCAUCAGGAUAUUAUGUGGCAUCAGGGGAUUCUCAGGGAAAUGUUCGUGUAUGGAGUUGUGUGGGUGAAGAGAAUGUGUUAAAGCUUGAAAAAAAAGUUAUUUCAGGACGUAUUAAUGAUUUAACAUGGGACUCGGAGAGUAAACGGAUCAUUGCAGUGGGUGAUGGACAAGAAAGAUUUGGGCAUGCGUUUACGUUUGAUACGGGGAAUUCAGUCGGAGAAAUUUCUGGGCAUUCGGAAAUUGCUAAUGCUGUUUCUAUACGACAUCAACGUCCGUAUAGGGCAGUAACAGUUUCAGAUGAUACAUCGGUCGUAUUUUAUCAUGGACCUCCAUUUUUAUAUCAUAGUAUUAGUCGUAGUCAUAAGAAAUAUGUUUAUGAUGUUUCUUUUUCUCCAAAUGGUGCAUUGUUUUGUACAGUUGGAGGUGAUUCAAAAAUCAUUAUUUAUGAUGGAAAAGAUGGUAUUAUGAUUAAAGAAUUUUCUAGUGAGGAUGGACAUAAAGGAAGCAUUUUUGCUUUAUCAUGGAGCCCAGACUCCAGGUAUUUACUUACAUCAUCUGCUGAUCAUACUUGUAAAAUUUGGGAUGUGGAAACUCAGAGAGUAACAGAAACAUGGAUAUUUUCAGAAACAGUAUCAGUUUUGGAUCAACAGGUUGGAAAUCUGUGGACACCUUCUAAUAAAAUUUUAUCUUUAUCAUUUAGUGGAGAUUUGAAUUAUUUAUCUAGAUCACAAAAGAAACCUACAAGAGUUGUUCAAGGACACCAAAAAUCUAUCACAACAGGUGGUUUGUCAGAAGACGGUUCUACCUUUUUUACGGCUUCGUAUGAUGGGCUUGUAUGUGGUUGGGAUGUAUCUACGGGAUUUGCAAAAUCUUUAAAAGAUGGAUCAACCCAUACAAAUCAAGUAAUUCAGAUUCACCCUUGUCAUGAUAAAAUGUUUUCUAUUGGAAUGGAUGAUACUUUGCGAACAUUAGAUACAAAACUUUUGAUUUAUGAAGGCGAUCCAAUAGAAACAGGAAGUCUACCUAAAGGCAUUACUUAUAUUCUGGAAAAAGAUUAUUUUAAAAUUAUUGUUACGGUUUCAAAUAUACAGGUUUUUGAAAAUAAUAAAAGAAUUAUAUUAAAUGAGACAUCAUUCCAGCCUAGUUCUGUUGACAGGAAUAAAACGAAUUAUGAAUUUUCUAUUGGUGCUGAGAAUGGUAAUAUUUACUUUUUUGAGUUUAAUCCAAAUCAAAAAAAAAUUACAGGAACAAAUAAAAUAACAUUGAAUCGUUUCGCAGUUACAAGCUUAGCAUAUUCGCCAAAUGGACAAUAUUUAGCUGCAGGUGAUGGGUCGGGCAAAAUCAUUCUUUAUGAUGCAAAGACAAAACAAAUCAUAACAAAUCUAUGGGGAUUUCAUGUGGGCAAAAUCACAUCUAUUUCUUGGAAUCCAACUAGUACACAUAUAUGCUCAGCAUCACUUGAUACACAUCUUUACAUUUAUUCAGUAUUUACUCCCGAUAAACACGUUGCAGCGAAAAAUGCUCAUCUUGGUGGCGUUUCUAGUGUUGUGUGGCUUUCCAGCAAUCAAGUAUUAUCAACAGGAGCUGAUGCAUGUGUUAAGCAAUGGAGAGUUACUUUAAAUGCAUAA